AUGGGCCUAUUGGCCUCGCUUUCGGAGAACUUCAAGUGGAUGCCGUUUUUCAUGGUUUUCUUCGGUGGUGUUUCCUUCCACAUUCUGCGCGCCAUCUGCGCCCAUAUGUUCAGCAUCGACAUGAACUGGGGCGCCACCGCUAAGGAGAAAGACGACUCAAACUUCUUUGCAGAGAUCCCGAAGAUCUUCCAACGCUUCAAGUGGAUGUACGGUUCGAUGUUCGUACUCGUGGGUGGCAUGAUCUACCUUGGUUGCUUCGCUCCUCAUGGGUGGGACAUCAAGGGCGUAACGAGUACUGUCCCGAUGGCUGUCACCGUGGGUAUGCACAUACUCUUUCCUAUCGUCCUGAACCCAUCCCUCAUGGUGUUCAAUUACUAG